GAGAGACAGACGCAUCCGUGGAAAGGACCCGUGAGACCAGACAGGUACCAAAGGAUCAUUCUCGGCAUGGACGUAUCAGAGUGACCAGCUGCAGACACUGUCGCUUCGUCCACCUGAUCCACCACCGAGCAUGUCUACUCCAGAAGAAGCCGGCCAGCGUGAGGAAGGGGAGUACGGAAGGGCGGCUAAACGGCUCAAAACAGAGGAGACGGAGGCGGAUGAGAGAGAGGAGGGGGAAGAGGAGCUGGAGGAAGGAGAGGAUUCGGACUCCGGAUCGCUACCCGGUAACGGAGAGUCGGCGACAGACAAUCGGGCCCGGUGGAGCGCGAGCCAAUUCGGAGCAGGACUGAGGGAUAAUGGCGAGGACUCCCAUCGUAUCUCUCCCAGUCCCGUGGUGCACGUUCGGGGUCUGUGUGAGGCUGUGGUGGAGGCAGACCUGAUAGAUGCCCUGGAAAAGUUUGGACCCAUAUGUUAUGUGAUGAUGAUGCCAUUCAAGCGUCAGGCCUUGGUGGAAUUCUCUGCAGUGGAGAGUGCAGACCGCUGUGUGUCCUGUGGAGCCAAGGAGCCAGUAUACAUCGCAGGUCAACAAGCAUACUUUAAUUAUUCCACAUCCAAAAGAAUCACCAGGCCUACAAAUGCUGACAACCCCAACAGUGGGAACAAAGUCCUCCUGCUGUCCAUACAGAACCCACUCUACCCUAUAACAACGGAUGUUCUGUACACUGUAUGUAACCCCAUUGGCAGUGUGCUAAGGAUAGUCAUCUUUAAACGAAAUGGAAUCCAAGCCAUGGUGGAAUUUGAGUCAGUUCAGUGUGCUCAGAAGGCGAAAGCAGCUCUGAAUGGAGCUGACAUCUAUGCAGGUUGCUGUACACUAAAGAUUGAAUAUGCAAGGCCAACACGUCUGAAUGUUAUUAAGAAUGACAACGAGAGCUGGGACUACACAAAACCAUACCUGGUCAGACGAGACCGUGGAAAGGGCAGACAGAGACAGGCCAUUUUAGGAGAACACCCAUCGUCCUACAGUGAUAAUGGUUAUGGUCCACCAUGUCCCCUGCUGCCACUGCCCGGCAACAGCAGGUACAAGCUCACCUCAUUGGACGUUCCAGACAUGGUGUCUUAUCCACUACCACAGUCAUCCUCGUCAUACUCUGGCCAUGCCCCCAGUUCUGUUGCCAUGGUAAGUGGCCUCCAUCCAUCCAAGAUGAACUGCACCCGCAUCUUCAACCUCUUCUGCCUCUACGGCAACAUUGAGAAGGUUAAGUUUAUGAAGAGUGUUCCUGGCACAGCGUUGGUUGAGAUGGGAGAUGAGUAUGCUGUGGACAGGGCCAUCACACACCUCAACAGCAUUAAGGUGUUUGGUAAAAGACUGAAUGUCUGUGUGUCGAAGCAGCACGCAGUAAUCCCCAGCCAGGUUUUUGAGUUAGAGGAUGGCAGCAGCAGCUAUAAGGACUUUGCUAUGACCAGAAACAAUCGCUUUAGCAGUGCCGGACAAGCCUCCAAAAACAUCAUCCAGCCUCCAUCUGCAGUGUUGCACUACUAUAACGUUCCUCCGUGCAUAUCACAGGAUCAUUUACUGAGGCUGUGCACGGAGCAUGAUCUGCCUGGCUUUGUCAAAUUUAAGAUGUUUGAUGCCAAACCCUCUUCUAAGACUAUCUCCGGCUUGUUGGAGUUUGACAGUAAGACAGAGGCUGUGGAGGUUCUUACUGUUCUCAACCACUACCAGAUUAGGAUUCCCAAUGGGUCCAACCCAUACACACUCAAACUGUGUUUUUCCACCUCAUCACAUCUAUAAAGAGCUACCGAGCUUACAGAGAGCUGCUGGACCUGCUGAUAGCUGACCUCUGACCCAAGGAGGGAGCAUGAAAGGCAGACGUGAAGAGGAGUGAGGCAGAGAGAAACACAGAUGAGAAUAAUAAAGGAUGGAAAUGGACGGGUAUUUAUAGAGUGCUUUUCUAGUCUGACUGACCAAUCAAAGCACUUUGAGUUUGAUGGCCACCAAAGAAGAACGUGGUAAUGGACACUCUGAGGAAUCCACUCUACAUUUAGACAUCUGUAAAAGCAACUGAAGUCACAUUUUAUGUUUAAAAAAUUAAAAAAAAAUUAAAAAUGGAAACAAUUUUAACUUGCUGUCAUUUAAGGUUUCUUAGUGUUACAUAAACUUCCUGCCCUGUGGGAGCUAAGCUUACAGACCGAGCUUUCACUGCAGUGCUUGGUCAGCAUGAGAUGCGUAGCUAAUUUAUGAGUUUACUAUCAAAAUGAUAACACAUGACAUCUGGAGGAAUCAUGUUAGGAAUCUCAUCAAGGUUUCUAUGACUAUUUAUGUUUAUCAGAAACAAAACUGUAUUGUUCAUGUAAAAAAUCAGAACCGCGUCUGGUUUAUUUUAGCCUAACCUAAAGAAAUGAAUCCAAUAUGUAGACUAACUUGUAGAGAAGAAACACUCUCUGUCAUGAUAUUUGCUGAGAAACUUCAGAGGGCGAUACACAUUUUAUACACCUCACGUGUCCCGAAGCAACCCACGUCAGAAACCUGUCUAAUGACAUAUUAAUAAGCAGACAGGAGCUUGGAAUGAGUUUCCAUGUCCUUCUGGACAUGUUAAAAAAUGAGAUGUUGACAUCGACUGAAAACAUUUUUCUUACAUUUUAAAGUGGAUCAAAGUUAUUUUCCCCACUUAAUGUGAGUUUAAAAUGAGUCUACUGAUGUUUUCCCCAGAAUUCUGUGCAUAUAUCUGUAGAUCUUUUAAUAUAUCAGUAUUUGAAUUACUGUACACAGAAAAAUUGUAGUGGGUUUUAUUAGAGUCAGCUGCGACCUCUUGUGUUUUCUGUAUAAAUAGAAAUCAAUUGCGUGCUGUGUCCAUUUGAGGUCAUUUUAGAAUCAAAAUGUAUGUUAUUGUCACAGAGUUGCUGGACUCUCCUUUAUUGUAACAGUGAAAUAGAUGUGAACUGAAAACAGUACAAAUCCACAAUCCAGAGAUCAGAAUAUGAGUUAUUCUUGUUUAUCUGAUUCAGGACUUUUUUGAUCUGUAGCAAGCUGAAAACAACAUUAGCCACGAGUCUGAGAGACUGAGACUUCUGCAUGUAACUGCACUCAAUGCUUCUUAGAUGAUUAAACUGGGGAUACUGGACACAUUGCAUCAACUUGUCAGUACGAUCUUUAAAGAAUGUCCCUGCUGUUACCUUAAGAUGACAUGUUUUCAGUUGUAACAGGAUGUAAACUACCUGUGUUGAUAUAUAUGGAAAUGGCAAUUUUAUUUAUGCAGCACAUGUGCUAAAACCCGUGUACGUUUACAAUGCCUUAAGGCAAUGAGAACCACAAAAUAUAAUUUAAAAAAGCAGAAAAAAGUCAAAUAAAAAAACACCCACUGAGUGAAGGCCUGUGUAACUUAAAAGGUCUUGAGCGAGCACAGCUUUAACUGAUCUCAGGUCAGCAAGCAGCUGGUUGUAAAGAGCGGGACAUCAAAAAUAGAAAAUAGCAUACUUAGAUCUAAUAUUGUGAUCGAACAGUUAAAAGAUGUGAACCUGAAGACCUGAGCUUUAACAUGAAAUGCGCUGUAGCUCAUUCCAGUAUAAAAAUGCAUUGAUGUUGAAAAAAGAAUAACAGAAGUACCAUUUGUCCAAGCAGAAAAUCCAGGUGGGUGAAAAGAAAAACGUAAAUGUUGGAAUCUGACACUUUGACAAGAGGAGAGGGAUCACAUCUAACCUGGGAUGAAACAUUUCCUGGUGGUUGUGGUCUUUUCCAGGAUCACAGUAACUCCAUCUGUGGACAUAAGGGCUUACUGUGUGUGAGUCAUGUGACAUUUCACCCACAGUCACAUGAUCUCAAGCCAUUUUAACAGCUGUGGGGGAUUUUGGACCUUUGAGUUAGACAGUGCUCUUCUGCAUUACGCUACUAACAAUGAUGAAAUAAGAUUUGGAGGAAUGCUCUUCAUCACUUAUGCUGGAUUUUAGAGAUUUGGAGAAUAGAUAUCAGGGAGAGUUUGAAUCUUCGGCAUUAAGUGUCCCAAACUCGAUCUCUUAAUUGCAUCUGCAUCAUACAAAUAUGUGAUCUGUUUGCACUGCACAACAGUUACUGAGGACAGAAUUCAAGGAAUAACUCGUAUUGAAAAGCAUUUUAAUUUGUGCAAUAUUCCAUCUGUUAAUCUCAAAUCUAAGGUAAAAAAUGUAAAACUGUUUUGGAUAAUAUACAAAUGACAAAGAGCCAAGUGUCUCUGUUUAAUCCAGACUCACUGAUUCUAGAACUGAGGCGUCCUUGUUGUAAAUAAUAUUUAAACAUAAGCAAUAAUAACAGACAAGUUGUUGCUUAUGUACUUGCUGUGUAACAGUUGUAAAUGGGCACUAAGAGGUUUGUAUGUAACGUGCUGUUUCUAAAGUGAUUUUAUUUAUGUUUUCUGGUUAUUUUGGGGUGUUUUGGACAAACGAGGGCCUUUAUUAUGAAGCUAUUUGAGUUCUUAACCCUCUCAGCACUGAAAUAACAGAAAUGUUAUAUUUUUGUUACUAAAUAUAGUUACAUGGGUUACUUGUGUUCAAAAUGUUAAAUUCAGAUGAUUGAAUUCGCUGUUACAUACUAACUUUUAUCUUUUAGUUCUAAAUUUGUUCAUUUGUAAAAUGUGAACGACCCAGUGCAGCAGUAAAAUGUAAACAGUGGCAAAAGCCUGAGUGUUAAUCACAUAACUGAUGGUUUGAGACAAGGAAGCAGGUAUAAGUUAUGUAUGAUUUUAAGACAGUAAAUGUUUAAUAUUGUUAAUAGUUUGUUGUCAUUAAAAAAAUCAUAAAACAAUGUUGUUUUAUUUCAAGACAUUCUGUGGUCUAAAUUAAUUCUAUAUGAUACGUACCUGUUCAAACUGAAUAAACUC